AUCAAUAGAUAGUUGUGGAAAGAAAAGAGACAAGACUAGCAUUUCAGUAGCUACGGAAUAUUGAAAGUACAACAUGUUUCCUAAGAUAACCUAAUCAUAUUUGUAAUAAUAAGACUGAUGUUUUAUGCGUGCCAGGUGUUAAUCUGAGUGCAAUAUGAAAGUAUAGAUUGUGUGUGUAGUGAGAAGGAACAUUGUUGAAGAAAAUGGGAAGAAGACCAUGCUGUCCCAAAGAGAUCAACAAAGGUGCUUGGUCUCGAGAAGAAGAUGAAACCCUCUCCAAAUAUGUUGCCAUCCAUGGAGAAGGAAAAUGGCAGAAGGUUGCCCAAAAUGCAGGUUUAAAGCGAUGUGGAAAAAGCUGCAGACAAAGGUGGCUGAACUAUCUCAAGCCUGGUAUAAAAAGAGGUGACAUAUCAGUGGAUGAAGAAGAUAUGAUUAUCAGACUUCAUCGUCUUCUUGGUAACAGAUGGGCAUUGAUAGCAAAGAGGCUACCUGGACGAACAGACAAUGAAAUCAAGAACUACUGGAACACCAAUCUGUCAAAGAAGUUACAGAAACAUGGUACACCAUCAUUAUCUGUUUCUUCACCUGAACACAAACGUCAUGAAGAAGAGAAGAUCAAGCAAGUUCAUGUCGCACCGGAAGCUCCACGCCCUAGGAGAGUCAGUGCAGUUGAAUACAGUAAAAUUGUGGAAAAUAAUAGGUGUAGUCCCUCAAAUAAAGUGGAGGGUAGUAGUGAUGAAGCUUCUUUGAGUGAUUUCCUGAUCGAUAUUGAUCAAAGCCAUUUGUUGAUUGGUGAUGAUUCAAACUCAAAGGUCCCACAAAUGGAGGAAGAGCACAACAACAAACAGGUAGGCUUAAUCAACAGUCCUAGCUCAUCAUCACCUUCUGAUCAUUGUCACCAUCUCUUGGCAGAGAAAUUUGACCCUCUGGAGACCCUCUUGGAUGUUGAACUCAAGAGAAUGGCUUCCUUUCUUGGACUUGAAAAUGAUUGAUCAAGGGAUUUUAUUUAUUGCACUGAGAUGAAAAAGGUCAAGUACUUAGAGAUCAAGUGUUAUAGAUAAAUAUGCCAUCUAUAUAUGGAACGCCUAACUAAGCAUCUAGCUCUAGCUAGAUCUUCACACGAAUCCAGGGUUUCUUCUCUUUUUCCUUUUCCUUUUCCUUUUCCCUCUCUACUUACUUGGAUUGUGAACUCACGUACGAACCCUUGUGUUCCUCCAAAAUCAAUAACAUUAUUCCAACUAGACAGUACAA